AUGGAAGCAGGAAAAGCUUCUGUGAACCUCCUUUUAUUAGUAACUGGCAGUAUUGCUGCUGUAAAGGUUGGACUAUUGGUAGAUCAGCUCUUUGGCGAGCCUUUUAAUAUCCGCAUUGCCGCUACGAAAUCCGCAUUUCACUUUCUCACACGUGUGCAGCACAGCGGCCGUGAGUUCCCCCUCCAUCGCGUUCUCACCGACGAUGAUGAGUGGCGGGAGUGGCAAGGGAUGAAUGAUGCCGUGAUGCACAUUGAACUCCGCCGAUGGGCCGAUCUUGUGGUGAUUGCGCCGCUGGACGCGAACAGUCUGGCGAAGCUCUCGAAUGGAUUGUGUGAUAAUCUCGUCACCUGCGUGAUGCGGGCGUGGGAGGUGCGGAAGAAGCCGGUGAUUGUUUGCCCCGCCAUGAAUACAGCCAUGUGGACACAUCCCGUCACCGCAACACAAUUAAACACACUGCGGGAUUGGUACAGUGCAGCGCCAACAAUAACAACAACUAAUACUACUACUAAUACUAAUACGAAUACUAGUAAUACUACUACAGCUAAUCAUACAAAUACGAAUACGAAUAGUACUAGUAAUGUGAAUAAUACGAGUAGUGGUAUACAUGUUGAUAAUGUGGAUUUACACACUACCACAAAUACUAGUAAUAGUGAGUUGGAUGAGCCGCUACAUUUACCAGCGACAUUUGAUGAAUCGCUUUUUCAACUUGUGGGCCCCGUGCGGAAGCGACUCGCUUGUGGAGAUAUUGGCAUUGGUGGAAUGGCGUCUGUGGAGGACAUCGCAACUGUGAUUCGCCACACCGCUGAUCUCAUACGUGCUGGGCGUGCCAAUACAGCAGAGGAGAGUACAGUUAAUGAACAGAAUAAACCACAGGAACCACAGGGAGAGAAAAACUAA